AUGUCUUCAGAAAGUGCAGAAUUACCAAUUACAAUUGAAUUCGGAGGUGGAGCUGAACUUUUGUUUGGAAAUAAAAAAAAGCAUCAAAUAAAUUUACCUGCUAACAAAAAUUGGACAUUAAAAGAUUUAAUAUUUUGGAUCCGUGACAACUUAUUAAAGGAAAGAGAAGAAUUAUUUCUACAAAACGACACAGUCCGGCCCGGAAUCCUGGUGCUGGUAAACGAUUCAGAUUGGGAGCUGCUGGGUCAAGGAGAAUACAAUUUAUCGCCUAAUGAUACCGUACUUUUCAUAUCAACGCUCCACGGAGGUUAA